AUGUUCAGAUUCCACCAUGAAAUAGAUGGAAAAUACAACCCACCAGUGCAAACCCUGCAAAAUAUAUCUCGAUUCAAUGUUGCUGUCGGCCCAUGGGGCCUUGGGCGUGGCUCCCUAUACGUUAUUACUGCUCAGACAUUAUCCAAUUCAUCCACAUUCCCUCUUGCAUACAUAACAAACCACCAAGCCCGAGAUCCAAGUAUCAUUAUACACAACGAUGAAUACUACCUUUUCCAAACCGGUGGCGGAAUUCAGUAUUUCAGAGCCUCCAAUCUCGGUGGGCCAUGGAGACCUGCCGGUCAAGUUUUGGAUCGAAGACCAAGUGUGAUUGACAAAGGAGACCGGUUUGAACCCUGGGCCCCGACUGUGAUUCAGUAUAACGGCACAUUCUAUUGUUUCUAUUGCGUAUCCACGAUCGAUACACGCAAUAGCUCUAUUGGCGUUGCGACUUCAGACUCCCUCAAAAUAGGAUCUUGGACUGAUCACGGGGCUCUGAUCAACACCGUCUCCGGCCAGUAUGCGGGUGUUUAUCCGUAUAACAUCUCUAACGCUCUUGAUCCCAGUGUCAUUGUUGAUCCAGUCGUUGGCAACCAGGUGUAUUUGGCGUUUGGUAGCUACUGGUCAGAUAUAUGGCAGGUCCGCUUGUCGGAUGAUUUGCUGUCCGUGGAAUAUGCACAGGAACCUGAUGCCUCGCAUUUAUCUUUGAAUACCAACUUUACUGCGGAAGAGGGAUCGUGGAUUAGCUACAAAGCCCCUUAUUACUAUCUGUGGUAUAGUAGGGGCUACUGUUGUGAGCUGGAACUCGAUGAUCUUCCUACUCCAGGGACCGAAUAUUCAAUCCAAAUGGGCCGGUCCUUAGACAUCUCCGGUCCAUAUGUAGACAAGGAUAAUGUAUCGCUGCUGGACGGCGGCGGAACUACCGUUUAUGGGUCUAAUAAUCAUGGUCAAGUCUAUGCUCCUGGAAGCUGUGGCGUGCUCAGUAUUGAUUCUGACCAGGAUGUUUUGUUUUACCAUUACAUGAAUAUGAGCAUAGGCGUUUCGGAUGAAGACGCAUUAGUCGGAUAUAACUAUCUCGCCUACGAAGACGGAUGGCCAGUCGUGGUGUCCAGAUUUGAUAUCCACGUUCAGCACGGCGAUGCAUUUAGAAACAAUUACGAUAACGAUUCGGUGACCUUCUCGCCGCAAGGUCGUAUUUUCCAGGUGGAAUAUGCUCAAGAAGCUGUCAAGCAAGGUUCCGUUGUGGUCGGAUUAGUUAGCAAGACACAUGCUGUUCUCGUGGGAUUGAAGCGAAACGCAGAAGAACUAUCCUCCUUCCAGAAGAAAGUGAUCGAAAUCGACACACACAUGGGCAUCGCCAUCGCGGGUCUCUCGUCCGAUGCCCGCGUCCUCUCCAACUUCAUGAAACAGCAAUCCCUCGGUUCACGGAUGACAUACGGCCGCGCAAUCCCGCUAGACCGAAUUGUGAGCCAAAUCGGGGACCGCGCACAAACCAACACACAACAUUACGGCAAGCGGCCCUACGGUGUCGGCCUUCUUGUUGCAGGCGUCGACGACGCAGGUCCGCAUCUGUUCGAGUUCCAGCCCUCGGGCCUUACGCAGGAGAUGGUGGCAUGUGCGAUUGGCGCCCGGUCACAGAUGGCUCGUACCUAUCUGGAGAGGAACUUGGCCGAGUUUGCGGAUUCUUCUCGCGAGGAGCUGAUUAAUCAUGGACUCAAGGCGUUGAGGGAGACUCUUUCCCAGGAUAAGGAGCUUACGGUUGAUAACACUGCGGUUGGAGUUGUGGGUUUGGUGCCCAAGGACACGACGUCAGCAUCUUCUUCGGCUGUGAAGAAUACUAAACUUGAGAAAUUUAAGCUUUAUGAUGGACAGGAUAUUGCCGCUUUGCUGGAGGCGUUGGACGGUGGAGCUACAGAGGGUGGUGAAAUGGAGGUCGAUACGCAGUGA